AUGGCUCUUAAAAUUAAUCAUCAUUAUUAUACAAAUAUAUCAUCAGCUAUUUCAACUAAUCCAAAUUAUAUUUUACAUCGUACAAGUGAUUUAUUAAUACCUCUUUCAUCUAAAUCAUCAUUUAUUGAAAUGUCUUCAAGAAAACAGUCUUGGGCUAAUUUUAUAAAUGACUCGUCUACGCAAAUUGUUAAAGAUGAAACAUUAGAUUGGGAUGUAAAUGGUAUUCCAUCUCCACAAAUAAAUGAUAUUGAUUAUACAAUUGUUGAUUCAAAAAUUGAACCAUUUCAUCCUAAAAAUUAUCUAUCAAUUCGAACAACACCUAUUGAAAAAUCUAAUAUUGAUAUUAAUAAGCAAAAAAAGAAAACAGUUACUGUCAAAUAUAUGUUGACUAUGUCAGGAUCAGGAAAUACGCAGACAAAUUUUGAUCGUGGAUCAACUUCAAUAUCUAAUACAACAUCAUCAACAAUUAAACAACAACCAUUUAGUCCACCACCUUAUCAUCCACUAUCAAAUGGGUUUUUUACUCAACAUCAUCAACGAUCAACACCAUCACCUGAUAAUGAACAAAUAUCACCAUCAUCAAAUAAUCUAGUUGAAACAUCUUCAACAUCAUCUAAUUUAAUUCCACCAUCGGCAGCAGGUGGAGCUCCAAUACCUUCGGAAGAUAAACGUCGUUGUGCUGUAUGUAGUGAUAUUGCUUCUGGUUAUCAUUAUGGUGUAUGGAGUUGUGAAGGAUGUAAAGCGUUUUUUAAACGAAGUAUUCAAGGUACAAAUGAAUAUAUUUGUCCGGCAACAAAUACAUGUACAAUAGAUAAACAUCGUCGAAAAAGUUGUCAAGCAUGUCGUUUAAGACGAUGUUAUGAAGUCGGUAUGACCAAAGGUACAACACGAAGAGAAAGAAAAUAUCGUAAAAAAGCUGUAUCAGUUUGUAAAAUUACAUCAACAUCAUCAAAUUCAAAUGCUACAAAUAAUUCAAUUAGAAAUAAUCAAGAACAUGGACUUUUAGUAACAACUACUGAUACACCACCAACAACUGGAACACCAUCAGCAUCUCAAUUAAAUAAUAAUAAUAAUAACUUUUCAUCAUCACAAGCACAAGCAAAUAAAACAACUUCUGACUCAUUACGUAUCCCAAUAGCUCCAGCUGAUUUUAUUGCUACACUUUCUCAAGCAUCUCGUCUUAAUUUACCAUCCAAAGCCGAUACUAGUCGUCCAUUAGAUGAUCAAUAUUUUCUUCAAUUACUUGCAAAAAUUUUCGAUCAAGAACUUGUUGUUCUUAUUAAUUGGGCUAAAGCAAUGCCAGGUUAUACUGAAAGUUUAACUCUUGAUCAACAAGUAACAAUUAUCGAACAGAGUUGGUUAGAUACUUUACUUCUCGAUAUAAUCGAACGAUCAUUAGAACGAAAUGAUGAUACAUUACAUUUUGCACCUGAUUUUAUUAUUUCACGAAAUCGUACUUUAUCAAGUCCAGGCAUCGGUGCCAUAUGUACAAGUUUAUUUAAUAUUCUUCAAGCAUUUAAAGAACCUCGUACAACACAUGAAGAAUUUAUUGCACUUAAAGCUGCAAUACUUAUUAAUUCAAUACCAGCAACAAUAACAACAACAAAAUCAUUUCGUUUAUUAACAAAUCAAAUUUAUCAAUCAAUACAACAUGCAUGUGAUUCAAAUCCAAGUAUUUAUCAAGAUAAUUCUAUACGAUAUUUUACAUUAUUAUUACAAUUACCACAUAUUAAAAUGUUAAGUUCAAAAUUAAUAAGACUAUUUUUAGAUAUGCGUGCAAAUGAUUUAUUACCACAAGCUGAUCUUUUAUUAGAAAUGCUUGACGCACAAGAUGCAUUUGAUAUAAAUAAUUGUUUUUUAUCAUUAAAUCAUGAUGUUAAUAGUUUAUCAUCACAAACAUCAAAUUUUAGUCAAAAUUUAACAUCAAAUAAUAAUAAUAAUAAUAAUAAUAAUGCAACAUCAGUGAUGCAACCAUCAACACUAAAUAAUUCUAAAAUUCAAUCUGAUUGUUCAAAUUCAAUUAAUUAUAAUAAAAAACAACAACAACAACAACAAGAUGAUAAUGAAACAGCAAAUAUCGAUGAUCCACAUUGUCAAAUGAAUUAUCGAAUGACAUCAUCAUCACCAAUGGUAUUUGCCGCAGCAAUGCCUGCAAAACGUUCACCAUCAACUCCACCUACACAAUAUUAUAAACCAGCUCGAACUGAAUCUAUCCCAACGCCACCACCAACUAGUAUGCAUUUCCCAAUGAAUAAUUCAUCUUAUUAA